GGGCUAAUGGCAGAGGUUUGAUGAGAGCUGAAUUGGGACACAGAGGGAAACAAACUUGCAGGCUGUAAAUUCUGGAUUGCAGAGCUGGAAUUUGGCAGGAUUCACAGGAGUUUGUGUGGAGUCUGGAUACAGAAUUGCAGGAAUAAUGGAAAAUGACACACAAACGACCGGUCCUGAAUAUGCAGAGUUUGAGACUCCCGAUAUUAUUGUGGUUGUGGUGUACUUUGUGUUUGUCCUUGCAGUUGGGAUAUGGUCCUCAGUCCGUGCGAGCCGUGGAACGGUGGGAGGAUAUUUCCUAGCUGGGAGAAACAUGACAUGGUGGCCUAUUGGAGCGUCUCUAAUGUCCAGCAAUGUUGGCAGUGGCCUAUUUGUUGGCAUGGCAGGAUCGGGAGCAGCUGGAGGUUUGGCGGUUGGAGGUUUUGAAUGGAACGCUUCCUGGGUGCUGGUCGCUCUUGGAUGGAUUUUUGUGCCAGUAUACAUCGCCUCGGGAGUGAUCACUAUGCCGGAAUAUUUGCAAAAACGUUUUGGUGGCCACCGGAUUCGCAUCUACAUGUCUGUGCUAUCCCUCAUCCUCUACAUCUUCACAAAAAUAUCGACAGACAUUUACUCUGGAGCCCUUUUUAUCCAGGUCGCACUCGGUUGGAACAUUUACCUGGCCACGGUUGUAUUACUGGCCGUGACAGCAAUUUACACCAUUGCCGGUGGGCUAACCGCAGUGAUCUACACGGACACCCUGCAAACAGUUAUCAUGGUGGUUGGAGCCUUUAUUCUCAUGUUCAUUUCUUUUGACAAAAUUGGAUGGUACCCAGGACUGGAACAGAAGUAUAUGGAAGCAAUCCCAAAAGUAAUCGUACCCAACACAACGUGCCAUCUGCCCCGCAGUGAUGCUUUCCAUAUGAUGCGAGACCCCAUCACUGGGGACCUGCCAUGGCCUGGUCUUAUAUUUGGUCUGACCGUGUUGGCCACCUGGGUUUGGUGCACUGACCAGGUCAUUGUGCAGAGAUCUCUGUCAGCCAAGAACCUCUCUCACGCCAAAGGGGGCUCCAUUGUUGGGGGUUACCUGAAAAUAUUGCCCACGUUCUUCGUAGUAUUGCCAGGAAUGAUCAGCAGGGCGCUCUAUCCAGAUGAAAUCGGCUGUGUUCACCCUGAAGAAUGCUUUAAAUACUGUCAGAUUAAUGUGAGCUGCUCCAACAUGGCAUAUCCCAAGCUGGUAAUUAGACUCAUGCCUGUAGGUUUAAAGGGUUUAAUGAUCGCAGUAAUAGUGGCCGCUCUUAUGAGUUCCCUCACAUCAAUCUUCAACAGUGCCAGCACCAUCUUCACCCUUGAUGUGUGGUUACGUAUCCGCCAGCACGCCAAGGAAAAAGAGCUUAUGAUCGUGGGAAGAGUUUUCAUUAUCCUACUCGUGGUUAUUAGCAUCGUCUGGAUCCCCAUAAUCCAAUCUGCUAACAGCGGGCUGCUGUUUGAUUACAUGCAAUCUGUCACCAGCUAUCUCUCACCUCCGGUCACCGCCACAUUUAUCCUGGCUAUCUUUGUCAAGCGCGUCAAUGAACAAGGGGCCUUCUGGGGCUUAGUCAUUGGCUUGGUCGUGGGUGUUAUUCGAAUGGUUAUGGAUUUUGUGUAUACAGCCCCAAACUGUGGAGAGGUGGACGAACGACCUUCUGUGCUCAAGGAUGUCCAUUACUUGUAUUUUGCGCUCCUUCUGUUUGGGCUGACAGCAAUUAUCUGCAUUGUGAUUAGUCUUUGCACUCAAGCCAUGCCUGAUGAGAAGCUUGGUCGUAUGACUUGGUGGACAAGAAAUAGAUCCAAUCAAAAUAUUUACUUAAAAGGUCAACUGGAACCUUCGCCUGACAUUGCUUCAAUCUAUGCAGCCGGUACACCGAUUGAGAAGGAACCAGCAGGAGGCUUAGUGCCACAAGUGGAAGUUAUCCAAGAUAGUCCAUAUGCGGAGAUCAAGAAUGCCCCCACACACUCCUGGUGGAAGACGGUAUAUUACUGGUUCUGUGGUUUAUCCAUGCAGCCUGAGGUCAAGCUGUCCAAGGAGGAAGAACUGCGAUUACAGCUAAAGAUGACCAGUAUUGAGGAAGCACCGUUCUGGAAACGAGUGUGUGACAUCAAUGCUCUCCUCCUCCUCUCCAUCAAUGUAUUUCUCUGGGCGUAUUUCGGAUAAAGCGUGGCAGGCAGACAUAAGAGUGUUUAUAGAUUGGAUCACAUGGAGUCUAACAUUGUCAGUAUUACAGUAUUUGUCAGUACAAAACAUCUCCAUUUUUUUUCCAGGGACUGAGGCCUAACUGGGAAAAUAGCUUGUGGGCUAGAUGCAUCAUC